GGUUUUCAUUUUGUGAUAAUGUAGCCUAAGCUGAAUGCAAUCUUCCUUGAUCUCCAAGGUAGAAGAUUUCUUUAAAAGUUGUGUUCGCAUAGCUGUGGGUGAAGUACCUAAAUAUAUACAGACACAAUGUUACAUUUUACCAUAUUUAAGUUGAACUGAAGUUAUAGUAUGAAUAGUUUUAUAUAGUUAAUCAACUUGCUAACCCAUGUGCUGUAACCCUUAACACCCUUUCAGUCUCCUGUUCUUAUAGAUCCUGGGAUCCUGAGUGCUUGUUCAAACGGGUUCUUCUUAAAAUACAGGUGAGGGUGACUGAAGUAGCAAGAGGAAGGUGACAAUCUGGAUAACCAGAGCCAACCUGUCGCUAAAUGUUUCGUGCACCUCAUUGCAACAAUAAGAGAGUCAGAAGAGAGUUACAAUACAUGAAACAAAAUCACAGAGCGGUGUAAUAAGGGUGUUGCAGCAGAUAUUUGCAUGCAGUUGUGUAACUUCACAGAACAGGGUUCUGCUUUCCAGUGGACAGCUCAAGCAACUGAAACCAUGUCCAGUUUAACGAACUGCGUUUAAUAAGGGACACUUUCACUGCUCCAUACAAUUAAGGGAUCUUUAUAAGUACUUCCGUCCCUCUGGUCAUUUUAAUCCAAAACAGGAGAUGGUAAUAUCAGGCAAAAAUACGACAAAGCAGUCUAUUGAGAGGCAAGGGCAAGCGUUACAGAGUACACAAAGACGAAAACAGCUCCAUAUCCAAGGAGAGUCAGUGAUGCUACUUAAUCACGGGAGUUACUUAGUGAACAAGAAAAGUAAUCGAUAAACUGAAAAGUCACUCUGUUAGCAAUUUGCUACAACGGUCUGGAACGUUUAGUACAUAUACAGAAGCUAACAACCAAAAAAUACGUUCUUAAAUAAAAUAUACCGGCUGCAAAAAAAAAAAAAAAAGUUCUAUUCGUGUGUUUUAACCCACACCUCAAAGUUUAAGCAGUGUCGUAUGACAUCUGUAUUGUCAUGUCCUGUGUCAAAACACCCCACACGUUUUGCAAUGAAUCUACUGAAGAAGCUAAGUGUAUACGAAAGCCGUCUUGGGCGGAAUGUAACACUGAUUAUUAGCAUCCUACUCUAGCUCUACUGUAACUGCUUGUGCUGGGUUACUGCAGGGAAGUGUUCCUCGCUAUUCGUGUUAGUGCUAGGAGGAGAAUAAAUGAGAUGAAAGAUAAGGAGAAUCCUGGACCAGUUAUCGGCGCAGAAAACUGUGAACGGAACCACGGGGAUCCAGAUAGAGUCUCCCCUUCACAGAAAGGGGCCGACAGGCUGCCUCUGUCCAGGAAACUCUGCUAUGCGAUCGGGGGAGCUCCGUACCAGAUGACUGCCAGCACACUGGCCUUCUUCCUGCAGAUCUUUCUGCUGGAUGUGGUCCAGAUGGAGGCUUUCUAUGUGUCCAUGAUUCUGUUCAUGGGCCGGGCCUGGGAUGCUGUCACAGACCCUGUUGUGGGAUACCUGGUGAGCAGAAGUGGGAUGACUCGAUAUGGCAAGCUGAUCCCGUGGAUGGUGCUGUCCAUGCCCUUUGCAGUCCUGACGUACUUCUCGCUGUGGUUCACCCCUGCUGACACCAUGUCCCCUGCCUUCAGCUUCUGGUGGUACUUCAGCACCUACUGCCUCUUCCAGACCUUCAUGAGUUGCUACCACGUGCCUUUUUCAGCUCUGAACAUGUUCCUGGGAGGAGAUCAGAGAGACAGAGACUCAGCCACAGCAUACAGGAUGGGGAUGGAGGUGUUUGGGACCCUGGCAGGAGCCACGAUCCAGGGCCAGAUUGUGGGAGUGUACCACGCCAAGACGGUACAGAGCUGCAGCAUGCUGAACAACACAGAGCUCAACAUCACCUCGCCACUCACUGACACCCUCGCCAACACGAGAAGGGCCUAUGCGAUUGCGGCCGCAGUCCUGUGUGGGCUUCAUAUUAUCUGCUGUAUAGUCAUGUUCCUGGGAGUAAAAGAGCACCCAGCUCCGCUCAGCCCAUUGGGCAGAACAAAGAUGCCGUUCUUCUCUGGUCUGAAGUGCAUAGUAAAGCACACUCCGUAUGUCAGACUUGUUUUCGGGUUCCUGUUCUCAUCACUGGCUUUUCAGCUGUCCCAGGGAAACCUUGCCUUGUUCUGCACUCAUGUGGCUGGAUUUGGGGCUUACCUUCAGCACCUUGUCCUUACAUUCCUGGUUGCGGCCACUCUGUCGAUCCCCAUGUGGCAGUUUCUACUUGUUAAAUUUGGAAAGAAGACCAUGCUUUUUGUGGGCUUGUCAUGCUUUAUUCCAGCUCUGAUCUCCUUAGCCUCAUUCAGCCUCAGCUUGGCACUGUUCUUCACCAUGUCUGUGUUUGCUGGGAGCAGCUUGGCAGUUCUCUUUCUACUACCAUGGUCCAUGCUGCCUGACGUGGUGGAUGAUUUCAAAGUGAAGAACCCUUCCUGCACCGACCUGGAGCCCAUGUUCUACUCCUUCUACGUCUUCUUCAAUAAAUUUGGUGGCGGGUUGUCACUUGGAAUUUCAGCCCUGAGUUUAUAUUUCGCAGGUUACAAGCCAGGCGCCUGCUCACACAAGUCGGCAGUGAUCACCACUCUGAGGGUCCUGUUCGCUCCGGCCCCUGUGGUGCUGCUCCUCCUGGGCAUGCUCAUCUUCUACUUCUACCCCAUCAACGAGGAGAGGAGGAGAGAGAUCAAGAGAGAGCUGGACAAGAUACACAGGGGAGAGAAGGAAACCAUGGAAGAUGUGAACAUUGCUUUCUAGCUGUGCUUUAUAUGUGCUUUUACAAUCACAAAAGGAAACCAAGCCAGUGCUACUGUACUGCCACGUGCACUCAGAGGACUUCCAGGCAGACAGGAUUAACAUCCAUAUAUAUAACAGAACAGGCAUUCUGCUUUCCUACAGAAACAAAUAAUGCUUUAUAUUUGUACUUUUUUCUAUAUUGUUUUUGGUUAAUAAAACUGUUUGAUAUACAGUGA